AUGCGAAAGCUCAACUUUAACUUCCGAGUGUGCAUCGGCUUAUUGUAUCUAUCGGACUCGAUCACGUUCAUCAUGUCGGCAAGAGAAGCUGUGAUCACUGGUUGUGCAUUGGAUCUACGCGUUGAUUUGAAUCUCGUUUGGCAGGGAGCCGGUGGUGGGGUGCAAGACUUGUUGAUAUCGACAAAUCUUCUCAUGGCUUAUUUGCGCUUUCACGAAGCGACACAUAUAGGAAGUGAGACAAAUCAAUGGAUUCCAAGUGUCGGCGCGGUUCUCUCGAUUCUCAUUUGCAUAACCACAUUCUUUUUGCAUGUCACCGGCAAUAUCACCUAUUUGUGGUACGAUCCAGAUGGGACCUAUGAGGAGAGAUAUCUUUGGCCAUUUCAGUACAUCCGAAUCGUUUACCUGGUGGUGGGGAUUUUCACGGCCACCGUUUUUUACAUCGCGUGCGCGUAUCGAAUCGUGACGAUCAUCGGUCGUUUAUCCGAGAAUAUCCUUCUCGCUUUCCUGCUUUUGUUGGCCCUUUUAGCAGCAAUCGGUUUAAUCGCUUUCUUUGGUGUCACAAUAUACAGAAAGAGAGUCUUGUUGCACAAGAAAAACGAGGCAGCUGAUGGAUCGGUGGCUUUCCACGGGAAUGUGAUCUCGUUCAGCAAUCCAGUUCUCGACAAGAAUGUGAGGCAUUUCGAC